UCUCUCCGCCGCCCAAGCGAGCGUCUCUUCGCGGAGGAAGACCGGAAAGGCCCGGCGUGGAAGCCACGCCAGCGAGGGGAGGCAGGCCGGGGCGGCAGCUCCUCCCCGUUUCAGUCAGAGGGGACCUUCAGGCGCAGAGUUCCGCCUUUCCCUCCUCCCUUUCCCGGUUGCUGCCGCCUGCCUGGGUCGCUCCUGUGGCGGCGGCGACGGCAGCAGCAACAGCAAGCAGCAUGGCGGCCGUGGAGCCCAGAGUGUGCGAGACGGCGGGUUGCAGCAGCGAGGCCAAGCUGCAGUGCCCCACCUGCAUCAAGCUGGGCAUCCAGGGCUCCUAUUUCUGCUCGCAGGAGUGUUUUAAGGGAAGCUGGGCAACUCACAAGCUGCUACACAAGAAAGCAAAGGAUGAAAAAGCCAAACGGGAAGUUUCUGCCUGGACUGUAGAUGGUGACAUUAACACAGAUCCCUGGGCUGGCUAUCGAUAUACUGGUAAACUCAGGCCACAUUAUCCACUAAUGCCAACAAGGCCUGUGCCGAGUUACAUUCAAAGACCGGAUUAUGCUGAUCACCCCUUAGGUAUGUCUGAAUCUGAACAGGCUCUUAAAGGAACUUCGCAGAUAAAGAUUCUUUCAUCAGAAGAUAUAGAAGGGAUGCGAGUAGUGUGUAGGCUUGCUAGAGAAGUAUUAGAUGUUGCUGCCAUGAUGGUGAAGCCAGGUGUAACUACUGAAGAAAUAGACCAUGCUGUUCAUCUGGCUUGUAUUGCCAGAAAUUGCUAUCCUUCCCCAUUGAAUUAUUAUAAUUUUCCGAAGUCUUGCUGUACAUCAGUAAAUGAAGUGAUCUGCCAUGGAAUUCCAGACAGGCGGCGUUUACAAGAGGGUGAUAUUGUUAAUGUGGACAUUACUGUGUAUCGUAAUGGCUAUCAUGGGGAUCUCAAUGAGACAUUUUAUGUUGGGGAUGUUGAUGAGGGAGCAAAGAGACUAGUCCAGACAACAUAUGAGUGCCUAAUGCAGGCAAUUGAUGCAGUGAAACCCGGUGUUCGGUAUAGAGAGUUGGGAAAUAUUAUCCAGAAACAUGCUCAAGCCAAUGGAUUUUCAGUAGUCCGGAGUUACUGUGGGCAUGGGAUCCACAAGCUUUUCCACACUGCUCCCAAUGUGCCACAUUAUGCCAAAAAUAAGGCUGUUGGAGUGAUGAAGCCUGGUCAUGCGUUUACAAUAGAACCAAUGAUUUGUGAAGGUGGGUGGCAAGAUGAAACCUGGCCGGAUGGUUGGACAGCAGUGACGCGAGAUGGCAAGCGGUCUGCUCAGUUUGAACACACGCUUCUGGUCACAGAUACUGGGUGUGAGAUCUUAACUCGGCGGUUGGAUAGUCUUCGCCCUCACUUCAUGGCCCAGUGCUAGUGUAGGCCAGGCUGAGGGGCCUGGACCAAGAAUCUCUUGGCUCUGUACUAUGCAUUUUACUGAAGUACAGGCUAAAGGGGGGAUUUUAUCACCUGUUUUCUUCUUGUUGACUUUAAGUAAGAGAGAUGCAACCUUGCAUUACACAAAGAAGAUACUGAUGCAGAGGAUUGAAAAGGAGAUAUGUUUUAAGAGCAUUUUCUCUGCCCUUCUGUACCCACAACAUUGUUUGAACAUCUUUUUAAAGUUUCUGUUGUCCUUAAUUUUCUCCAGCUGGGCUUCAGGUGGUUCUUUCACUGCCACAUGUAAGGUAACUUUUUCACAUUGGAUGUGAGGUUUUGGAUAACAAGCCUUUUUGCUUUUAUGAGCACCACCGGAGAUUUUAAACUGUUCUUGUUCCAAAGGCAACCCCUGCUUAGCUAUUGCUGAAAAUGCAGUUUUAAUGGGCUGGGUUUGGCUUUUGUCAGUUUCUCAUUUGGAGAAGGAAUUGUGUACUAGAAAGUUAUCUGGUGUUGUGUCCAAGCAUCUUCAGAAUUUCUCUCUCUUCCACACCAGUUGCCUCUAUUGUAACUGAAUAUGGAAGUAUCAUAACCACCUGUUAACUGAAGGGCCUGUUUCUUUUUGGCUGGCAGUGGCUAGUGCUGAUUCUCUAUCCAUGAGUGGAGGGAAAACACAAUUUGAGAGACUACCUGGUGUAAACAUUUUUGCCAGGAUGCAGCUUCUCAAAAUGAGUAGUACUUGACAGCCAGUGAUGCUCCAAAGACUUGCAGAAACUUCUUUUUAAAUUUGAAAUAGGGAAACAAUAUUGAAAUAUGAGGAGUUCCUUGUUCUCUAGUAAGUGUGUGAGUUUCUAACGAAGGGCAUGUCCAAAGAUACAAGGCUGCUCUAACACAACUGUUUUGGGCUUCUUUUCAAUCAGUGGUAAUUACUUCUGUAUAUGGCACAUCAUGGUUAUGUGGUUGUCUACCACAGAGCCAGCCUUUCUAUCGGUAUGCUCUACAAACGAUAUUUAAGAUUUUGUUCCAGGCUGCUAAGUCAGAAGUUGGAUCCAUGGCCAUGUAUUUUGGAUCACCACUUCGCUAUGGAUACUUUUGUCCAUGAUUACCAAAAAUGACUUCACUAUGGAUGCGGGGGGUGGGGGGAGGGCUUUUGCCAGUGUUUGAGAACUGGUCCAUAGAACAAGACAAGACUUCAAUGUGAAAUGUGCAUUAUCUAUCAUGUGCCUAUUUUUCAGAAAUAUUCCUUAGGCACUUGAGGAAAAGGUUUAUCUCAGCUUGCCAAAAGUAUGUUCUUUUGAUGAUGCAGUGGCUAAGAUAACACUUAAAAGAUGAAAAAAAAAAUUGUAAUAGUCCUGGAAAUGGUGAGCCUCCAUUAAAAAAAAAAAAUCUUCAGACCAGCUACACCAUGGGCAGCAGUAGUGUCCAAAGCUGGAAGAAACCACUGCUAUAGCUGUUGGGAAGAAGAUUAUCCUUUUACCAUUCUCCUCUGCCUCCUCCAGUCUUUAGUGAAAAGCCACAUUUUGAAUUCUAAUACCUCUCUUAUCCUUAAUGUUGGAGUGCAGAAAUCAAACCAGUGAAGUCAAAUCAGGUCCCAAAAUCAUGGGCAUAGAAUGCACGUUUCUGCUUAUUUUCUGACAUUUUGUCAGACAGAAUUAGAAUUAGAAGGAGCUGAAGGCCCUCAGUGCCAACAGUAUGACUUCCCCAGCUCUCUGCAGAAUGAGGGCAUUCUACAAUAAUAUUUCAAGAAACUCUCUCCCAGAGUGCCUCAGUACUUUUUUUUGGCAGAAAGUGUAUUGUUGGAAUAACAUUUUCAUUCUAUGAUGUUGUGUUUAGAGGCAGUAAAGUGAUCCAAAAUGGCACAAGCACUUGUGUGCUUGCACAGAGAUUUUAACAGGACAGGCUGCAAUACCUGAGUGGAGUAAACUUAUGUAUGCAAUGUAUUAUGGAGAUUAAAAGGCUGGAUGGUUAA